GGGGAGGGAGCGGGCGAAGGAGAUGAGGAGGUGGAGGAGGGGGAGGAGGAGGUGGCGGAGAUGCCGGAGGCCGACACCCAGGCACCAUCACGCCAAGCAUCACCUGAAGUACGGCGAGCUCGUCAUCUUAGGGUAUAAUGGAUACCUUCCGCCGUGCGACAAGGGCAGGAGGAGGAGUAAGUUUGUCCUCCACAGACGACAGUGUGCUAAUGGGGUGAAGCCAGCCCGACACUAUGUGGUCAGGGCGCCUCAAAAUACACAGGCUAUAUUGGACAACCAGCAGCAUAGUAUAUCUUACACGUUAUCACGGAACCAAGCGGUCAUCGUGGAGUAUCAACUAGAUACUGAAACAGACAUGUUUCAAAUAGGUCGGUCUUCGGAAGCCCCCAUAGACUUUGUUGUCAUGGACACCAUACCUGGUGACAAACAUGGUGAAAUGAAGGUAACACAGAGUACAAUUAGUAGAUUUGCGUGUCGGAUAAUUGCUCACCGAACAACGCGUGUCACUCAGGUUUAUGCUGCUGGUUUUGAUUCCUCAAGAAAUAUUUUUCUUGGAGAGAAAGCAACCAAGUGGCAGAAUAAUGGUGAAAUUGACGGGUUAACGACAAAUGGCGUGUUGAUAAUGCACCCUCCAAAUCAGUUUUGUGGAGGGGAAGCAACACCUGGCAUAUGGAGAGAAGUAUCAGUAGGUGGUGGGGUUUAUGCCUUAAGAGAAUCUCGGUCGGCACCUCAGAGGGGUAUACAGAUUGAAGAUGAAACCCACAUAUUAAAAGAUGGAACACUGAUUGACUUAUGUGGUGCCACUUUGUUAUGGAGAUCGGCAGAGGGUCUUGGAAAGUCUCCGACCAAGCGACACCUUGAACAAAUGGUGGACGAAUUGAAUGCCGGUCGACCGCAGUGUCCUGUUGGUUUGAACACACUUGUGAUUCCUCGUAAGGCAACGUUGACUGCCACAGAAAAGCAACCUGUUGUGUACCUCAAUUGUGGCCAUGUGCAAGGCUUACAUGAGUGGGGCCACGAAAAGGACUCAAACUCUCACACUUGCCCUAUGUGUCUUAAGGUUGGGCCAGUAGUCAAACUGUGCAUGGGAAUCGAACCUGCGUUCUAUGUUGACAGUGGCUAUCCAACUUUUUGCUUUAAUCCCUGCGGACACAUGGCCUCCGAAAAGACUGUGAGGUACUGGGCUGCUGUGCCUAUUCCCCAUGGAACAAAUGGGUUCCAUGCAGCCUGUCCAUUCUGCGCCUCUCCGUUAGAGGGGGACCCAGGGUUUGUCCGACUUAUAUUUCAAGACAACUGCGAUUAAAUUCCCUCCCUUUAUACUAUAUCGUAGCGUUAUGUGUGUGGGGGGGCAGCCUCUGGAAUCAUAUCACCAACCCACAGUUUUAUUUGCACUCUACAGUUUGAAUGAAAUAUAGUAUUUAUUACAAAUGGAAGUUAUCAGUCGUACAUAUACUGUAUAUUGUUUAACAGGUGUUUUAUGCAACUAGAAUAUAUUAAAUGUUAAAUUUUACUCUAGCAAGCUGGUUGAAACUGCGAGUUAAGCUCAUGAGCUUUGGUGGAAUAAAUUGAAAAUACAGUAAUUGUCUAUUCGUUUGGUUGUUGAGUAAUAAUUAGCAAUGACUGAGGGAUGCAGUAACACUUGAAAAAACAAAAAAAGGAGAUGAAUAUUGACGAUCCUUUUGCCUUCUUUGACUCACCCCACACGCUGCUGCACUGCAUGAAUCUCUGAUCUGUGUUCGGAGGAAUGAUUCGGAGUUUGUUACUGUCCCCCUCGCUGUUCAUUGAAGUAUCUCGUCUCAGGCAGUAAGUGAUGUACUUUUUCCACAAAGAAAGCUAAUGUAAAACCAAGUGGUCAUUAAUAGUUUUGUUGGUAGUGUAGUGCAUAACCACUAUUAAAAUUAAGGAGAACAUUAUUGAUGACAUUUCAUAUCAUGCAUCAGGCAUAGAUUGUAAUUAUCAUAUGUAAACCUCCUGGUGUUUACUUUUUGUACAAUAGGAAGUUAAGAGGAAAGGAAGUUUUCUUCAUUGCAUUUGUUAGUGUGUCAUUGAAAAGUGCAUCGAGAAUUUACUUUGGGAAAGAAAUUGUCACUGAGGAACAUUAGCAGCUUCAUUUUUUUUUUCCGUUCAAAUGAUUUUCAACGUAGUGAGAGGCUUUGUCAAUUCAGUACUCAUCCUAAAUAUGAGUGGGUAUGAGUGACAUAAUUGAAAUUAUCCUAAGAUCUUGUUCCUCUAAAUAACCACCCAAUCCAGUGUAAUUCACCAUCACCUAUCCAUAUAUAAAUCACUACAACUGCCUUUGACUUUAGAGUACGUAUUAUUUCAUUUGUCUGCAUAUUCAUUGGUAGAGUCUGAGCACCAGAUUGGGCCAUUCAAAGAGAACAAUAAGGUUCUACUCUGUGCAUCAGCUAAAUUUUCUUUUUAUGAUUAUCGUGCACUGCCUCGCAACUUUUCAUUAAGUGUGUAUGUUCAUAUAUGAACUGUUGGAUAUCAUGGCUUUCAAAAGAGAGGAUUUUAAAUAUGCAUCCUGUGCACUGCAACAGUCUAUUGCAUAAAAGUUUGCAGCCUAAAUUAUAGGUUAUGGGGGCAUGAAGCAUUAUUCAGUAUAAUAUGCAGUAAAAAAUGGUUGCUAAAUGUAAUGGGUUUUUGCUACUGAAAAUAAUCUUGUGUGUGUGCCUAAUAUAGAGGACUGAUGUUAAGCUUUAACUAGCUACACAUAUUGUUAAAGGGAAAAUAUACCAACUGUACUAUUAGUAUAUAGUGUUAAUUUAUAGUAUGAAAGUCAUGGGCAGUGAAUUUCCUUAAUAAGUGGUUAAUAUCUUUUUCUAAAACAAAGCUCACCAUAGAAAAAAGUUGUGUUUGUGAGUGUAAUUGCAAAACACAGCAGGUUAUGUACAGAAUAUUAACACAAACAUCCCAUGCACAUGCACACAGCAUAGAGAUCUCAGUGUGAUAAAAUAUGAGUUAAGUUUUAUACAAGCUUGAUGAGCAAUAUUCUCUGGUAAAAUGGUUACAGAUGUAUUGAAGUGUUAUAAUACUUUGUGCAGAUAUGAAUUGCCAAGCUGUCAACAAACAAAGUUUACACGAUCAUGAAGUGUAGAUUAAGGGCUAGUGAUACUGGGUAGUUUGAAUACAAUUUGAGGGUAAGUGGACAUAUGGAAAUAUGUAUGCAUACUGAUGUCUGCUGAGACUAAUAUUCAAAACUAUUACUUGAUGGCAGUUCAAAUAACAGUAGUUUUCAUCAGAUAGAAAAAUGGGAAAAUUUCCUAUGGAAGUGCCCCGAUUAUAAGUAAGAUUUACCUGCAGUGUGUAAUAUGAAGAGUCUGCUGAAGAUUCUGUUUUUUAUUUCUGAUCAUAUUUUUUUUUUUCCUUUUUUGUGGAUGAUGGGGGCAGCAAGUCACAAAAUAGUAUGUUUAUGGCCAUGAAAACUCCUGGAAGUAAAGAUACACGAGGUUCAAGUUAUUAUAAUUAAUAUUAAAAAUAGUGUAUUUGUGGGUAUCUGUUGAAGUGACCAGUUAGGCUGUACAUUUUAAAAGUGGUGUCCCUUUGUAUCGAUGAGCUAUUUUUGUACUCAGAUGUGGAACUUAGAUGUAGUCACUGCUAUGAUAUGUACUAUAUAAUACUUACAUGUUAUCUCACCUGUACAUCUUCAUUAUUCUAAGAGAGGGUCUGCAACUAUGAAUAGGUACAGUACGUGUUCUGGGGACUGUGUGUGCACUAGCUAGUACAGUAAAGGGUGCACCAGAUUUGCAUUCAAAAGAAGCUAAGAUGGAAUUGGUUUGUAAUUUCUUGAGAAUCUGAGAGAUUGUCAUUGGAGCAGUGUGACAGUGCAGGCUGUAAGCUUAGUCUUCAUCCUAAAGGGGGGACAUUUCAUUGGCUAGAGGAGAGCAGGACGCUUGGACAGGGGUUACGAAAGUCACGCACGUGACACUUAGGUAAUGCUUACCAUUGUUUUAAGUUACUACUUUUUGGAAUGGUUCACAUUGGUGGCUAGUUCUGAAGUUAAACCUUAGCUUUUUACUUUUUUCUUUUAUAGAUGUACCUGAUCCUUAUAGAAGCAUUCAUAUUUGAUGAUUAUAAGGUAGAUAACUUUAAUACUGACAGCAUAUAUUCCCUUGAUAAUGUAGUUGGCAAAAUAAUUUAUUAAAAGAUGGAAUUCAUUUAGUUGUUUGUGCAAAAUCUUUCACUUAACUAAAGUUGUGUAACAUCGAUUUCUGUUGAGGAUAGACUUUAGUGACAUAUCUUGACGCCUUUCCCCUCACUUGUAUCAAAAGGUCUUUUGGAUACUAUACUUUUGGUGAAAGACUAUACCAUCAUAAACAGCAGUAGCGAUUUUCAGAUGCAUAGGUUACUACCAGGUAGCGUGGAAAGCAGUUCUGUAAUGGUGGUAAAAAUGAAAGGGAAUCAAUGUUUGGCAGCCAGUUUAAAGUUGCAACGCUUAUAAUGUGCCACAUCUCAAAUGUUUUCAUGCAUGUUUUAAACCAUUAGAAUUAUCAUUUUCAGAAUGAACACAGCAUUUUAAUAACUAAAAGACUGAAUAUGGUUUUAAGAGUAUUUAAACUACAGUGACUGCUGCAUGAGAAUGCUAAUGUUUUUAACCUUAUUUGAAAGUCAUGUUCAUUUUAACCCCUUUGUAAUGAACUUUUAUAAGAGCAGUGAUCUAUGUAUCAUACUAUUGAUGGCAGUGAUGUACAUUUUGGAUCAAAACCUUUCAGAAGCAUUCUUGUAUAUAAAAGUUAUAUAUCUAAAUGUACUAUACUGUAUCUGUAACUUCGUCUACUAAUGAACACAGUAAGGGAAUAUCAAUUAGAUUUUUACCAUAUAAUCAAAAUAUUACGGAUUUAUGUCUACAUACAAUCAAACCCAUAAUUUCACUUGGUUCUCCACAACCCAUGAAUUGCGAUCUGUUGAACUAAAACUGAAAUUUGCAUUGGGAGUAUUCUCUAUAGCAGUAUUCCUUGGACUGUAUUUUGCUGGAUGCAUUAGAGAUUUGAUGGACAUUUGCCUUGGCUUUUGAAAUGUUACCAUACACUCUAAUGUGCUCAAAACAUUUUUGUGGAAUAUAAUGCAGUACUGCAAAGUGUCCUCUAAAAAAUCUUGACAGCUUUUAAUUAAUUUGGAAGGUCAUACUGAAAUUUUAUUUAUUGAAGAACACCUUUUCUACAAGUAUUAAGAAUCUAACAAGUUCUAUGAGCAAGGCACAAAAGGUUCAUGAUUUCAUGAAAUAUCACUUACCAAGAUCUACUUCUUUUCAAAUUUUCAUUUCGAUGAAAUGCUGCAUACAAAAAUUUAUACUGAAUAAAUAAGAAAAAAAUUACAAGCAGAAAGUUUUGAUGUUGGACUAAAUUUCACUGGGCUUUUACCAAUCUUGUGAAACCUAUGUCAAAUAUACUAAUAAUCUUGUUGUUCUAAUUCAGUGAUUAAUUACUAGAAAUAUAUUAUGACUGCAAAUAUGGGACUUCAGACUUGAUAGGAAAAACUGCUGCUGUGCUUUUAUGCGAGAGUUUUUACUUCAAGUUGUGUGAUAACAUGAAAGAAUUCAAGGCAAAUACCAUCAGCAUAAUAUACAAGAAAAUAGCUGACAUUUUCGAAAAUUUAAAAGUAAUUUUUUUUUAAAAACCGCACAGAGGAAUGUAUAAGCAACUGUAGAUUGUCCAAGACGGUUUUGCAUCCGGUAUUGUGGCAAAGUGUAAAGUUUACAAAAAGAACUUUUGAACUGUAGUGGUCAUGGUUAACGUCAUUCAUUAAGGAAGGUUUAUUCCAUCAAAAUUGGUAAAGCAAAAAAAAUUCUGUUGGAUGUAACUUUGUAAUAGCAUUGAAGGAGACCCUCUUUGUGUUGAUGUAUUUAAAUGAAUUUCAUAGUUAUCAUUACUGUCAUUAUUAUUACUGUAAUUAUUACCAUUGCCAUCAUUAUUUUUCAUUCUUAUUACAUGGGUAGUAAUGUUACCCUGAAAUAGAUGGCCUUGCCCCUCUUCAGCCCUCCUCCGUUUACUCCUACCCUGAGCGAGUGUGGUCACGGUGGCUCGCUGUGCACCGUUCUAGAUAGCAAAGGUUACUGCUGCUACUACUACUACUACUCAUUGGAUCAAAUCCACACAUGUUGAUAACUGUAGGGAGAAUCUAAACUAUGUACCACCAGCAAUGCAGUCGUGUGUGGAGUGCAAACGAGUGGUCUAGUCAGUGUGUGGUCGUUUUACCCCCUCACGCGCGAGCACCUCUGUACAUAGUUUAAGCCCCUGAACAGACUGUGAUUCUUUUUAUAGGUCCAGAGGUAACCAUUUGUCUUGGCCUGGGGUGCAGUUCUGUCAUUAAUGCUGGAAACUUUUGAAGGCUUGCAUUGCAGCUCUUUCUUUGCAGUUAUUUGAUUAGUGUUAUGAUGGCCAUGUUUAUUGUUGCUUUUCUUUUGCAAUGAUGAUGCAUGAUUAGUUUUUGUAUUCCAUUAAGAGUUGCAACAUUUUCUUUGAAAAUAGUUAUGAUCUUGAACUUCUUACUUAUAAUUAUCAUGGCAUUAAUUCUUAUAAUAAUCACAGCAUUACUGUCCUAUAUGAAGUUCAAUAUUUCAGAUCCACUGAAUACCUUCCAUUACCAUUUUUCCUCCAAACUUUAUCUAGAACUGUUCUAGUUCCAAUGGUGGUUCUCAUGACAUUUUUGUGACGGUAGAAGAAACACAAUCUUACCUAACAGGCCUGAUCAUGUUUCGUGUUGUAGAUUUUUUGUGCUAAAUUGCAUGGUUUAGCUAAUCAAAUGAAAUCAUUUUUUUCUUUUAAUUUGUAAAGAGCUGUUUUUGAAAGCCUACACAUGGUCUCACCCCAGACCACAUCCAGCCACACUUAUUACUCCCCCCCGGGUAGCUGCAAGCCUUACAUGGGUUAUGCUAUUAGUUUAAGUUGUUAAGCUUUGAGUGGUCAGUUUAUAGCUAAGUAUCAUCCUUGUAUAUUUUACCAUCAAAAGGUAGGAUGUCAUUCAAACUACUAUGAAAUUUUUGUUUUCUUACAUUUGAUUUGUAUGCACACAAAUAAACACACACUGUAUUUGGUUAUAUAUUAUGCAAACCAAUCUCCAAGUAUGUUAUAGAUCUAUUAAUAGACCCUGCGUUAUGUUUUACACCGUUCCCAAGUGGAUGUGAAUCCAUAACCUUUUCUUUACAUUGGCAUUGCUUUGUCAGCUGGCCUUUCAAGAUUAGAGGAACAAGAGUAAAUUUGUUCCCGCUCCAGAGCACACACAAAAAUAGUUUCAUCAAAUAAUUUGGGUAGUUCAAUGACAAUUUCUCUUUCUACACUCUCAAACUUGAGAAUUCUCUCUAUGCUUCUAGUAUUUCCCAUUACGUACUGAUAUUAUUAUUUUUUUUUUUUUUCAGUCGUAAGUCAGAUGAGGAUGUUAGGGUGUCUGUCCCACUGACCUCCCAUAAGUAAAAUGAUACUCAAAUAAGGUGGUAUUCAUUCAAAAUCAAUGGAUCAGGAAAAUACUGUAUAUUCAGCUUAUAGGUUAUCUGUCCUCUUUGCUUUGUGCUGGUUCUGUUAAUGUCCUGAUGUAGCAUUGCAUAUCAAAGGUGAAGUUGGUUUAAAUUCUUCAUGAAAGAAUGACAUUUUCAGUUCUAGAUUUACAGUGAACCAAAUAAUAAGUUCCCUUUUGCAAGUCCCUGUUUAAGUAUCUCGCAGUUUAUUCUGAAAGCACUUUAAAAUCUGUUACAAGACUACAUUGUUAAUUUGUACACAGAAUGGACAGUGGUCUAGGUAAACUACGCACUAUUAAAUUUCCUCUGCAAUAAAAAAUGUUGUGCUUUUUGUUGAUACAUAUCUCCAGUUUUUUGCUGUUUGAGCUCUGGUAUACAGAUAGAUGAAGCAUUGCCCUUAUAACUGAAUGGUUAUGUGAAUCCUUUUUGGGUCAGUUGAAAAGUUUACAAGAGUUUACACGAAAUGGCUGUUUGUCCUUUGAAUGUCUACAUAUAUAUGAUUUUGUGUGUUUGUAAUUAUGUAUAUGUACAGAUUCAUAUUCCUAAGUUGUUACAAUAUUUUACCUAAGAAGUAUUGUAAUGGUCUUGUUUUUUUGUGCCAGAUGGAUGUUUGUAAAUUAGUGUACCAUGAAAAGUUUUUCAUUGUUUUUUGGCAAUGCAAGGAUGUGACGGGUUUUACUUGGCAUAAUGUGCAUUAAGCAGGUAAAAGGAACUUCACUGAAGCAUCAGCCUUGCCUCGUCAAUAUCAGUGUAUUUUUUAAUUCGUUCAACGUGUCAUUGCUUAUUGAGAAAUUGCCAAAGAAUAUGCUGCAGAAUAAAAAGUAACUUUGUCUUAUCACUACCAGUGUUUUUUAUUUUCAUGUGAAACCUCGUUGCUCCCAAAUGAAAUCCUAACACUGUCAUUUAACAAAACAAAAGUAUUCAACUAAGAGUAUUUGACCGUCUGAAGUAGUUGCAAGUUAGACAAUGAGGUUGACAAUAUGGAGUUAAAUUUUUCUAAAACUUUAUGUAAGUCUUUAUGUAAACUCUGGCUUUGGUUUAACAUUAGAUAACUUGCAGUAUUGAAAGCAAGAUCUUGGAUAAUUAUUUUGAGUGUGGAUUUGUCUAAAUUUUCCUGUAACCGAAAACCUCUUACAUUAAGAUAUGGGAAAACAUUGAAGAACCUGGGCUAUUAAAAUUAAUACGAACAUCCAAUAUGAAAAACUGCAUAAGUUUAAUAAUAAGAAAAAAAAUGAGAGGAUUACAGGGGUGUUAGUUUAACCCAUUAUAUUUAUUUUUUUUUUCUAAAUUGAAAAAGAAGCAAGACUUUAUUUCAUUUUCUUCUGGCAGGAGACAGGGCAAAGUUCAAAAGGUACCUUGCACAGGAAUUUUGUUGCACUAUCCUUGAUUGUGCCCACUCAAUGAAAGUUUUUCAAUAUGCUAUAUCUGAUACCCAUUAUUCCUCUCGAUAUUUCCCUCUUGAUAUUUCCUUAUGUCCAGUAAGCUCAAAUUGAGCUUGCCUUCUGUUUUGCAAACUCUAUUUAUUUGAUUAUAUUGUAUAUGGAGACUGCAUGCUAACUGAUAAGUCAACUUUUUUUUGCUAGAAUAUUUUUUGCAAUGACUGAUUAUUUGUAAAUAUAUUUUGUUAUCUUUAGAGGAGAAAUGUCAUGUAGUGGCACAAUGUCAAUUUGCAAAUUUUGUAUUGACACAUUUUACAUUUUGUACCAGUUAGUUGCCUCUUUUCAAAUGUAACUGUUGAGGAAGUACAAAUUAUAUAUUAUAGUCUAUUUGUUAUUGUUUCACUAAAUGACAUUAGAAGUUUGCAGGCUAAUUUUUGUUUCUUUUGAAGCGCCUGCGAUGACGACAUUUGAAUCAGACAAACUUCCUCUGCUAGUGCUUGUGUGCAUAUCGUGUAUGCUGUAUUGAUUUCUUUCUUGAUUUAUUAUAUCAAUCAUUUGUCAAAGCUUUAUAUUAUUAUCUUUAGUGAAAUUUUGUACUGUAUUAUAUCCAAGAGUACCUCCUCAAAACAGCACUGAGAUCAAUGAUGUGGUGCCGAGGUACUCUGCAGACUGGUCUGGAGAAUUUGAUUAAGGUUUAAAUAUGGGCAUUAGCAUUGUUUUCUGAUUUUUUUUUUUAUUGUAGACUUAUUUUGUCAGUAUUUACUUCCUUGAACUGUUUCCACCCAUACAAGUCGAUGGGGUUAACACGUUUAUUAGUGUAUAGGCAGGAAUGCCUUGCAUAAGUGUCAAGGGAACCCGGGGGGGCUGGCUGGCCAGUCAAGCUAGUAGCUGUAAAUAAUCUGUAAUAAAUAAAGGUUUCAGUAAU